AUGUCAGAUCACAUCCUUAAUGAUGUGAUUCCGGACAUCCUUAGGAGGCUAUCACUUGAUUCUUUGAUGCGAUUCCGAUUUGUUUCAAAGCCAUGGCGUGAUUUGAUCGACGUUAUGCGCAUAAGCAAAUUCAUCGCCAUAAAGGGAAACACUUUAUAUUCCUUCGAUUGGGUUAAUGAACAUGGUAGUAGCUCCCAGUACAAUGCCACCAACGAGAAAAAAAUCCAAGGCCCCUCAGAUUUUCAGAUCACUAAACAUGGACUUGAAACUCUUGGGUCUCCAAAUGGGAUGGGGAUAUUUAUUUAUAGUCUGAAACUGAAUUCAUGGAGGGAACUCACAAAUGUUGCCAUACCAUUUGAGCUCGGGGAUCGAUAUCUUCCUUCUGACUGUGCUUUUGUUAAUGGUGCAUUCCACUGGUUCGUCGAGAGAAAGACAAACCCGGACGACUUCAUCGUUUCCUUCGUUCUCGCGAGUGAAGAAUUCCGGAAGAUGUCCCACCAAGGUGUUCCUCAAAUGCUACAAGAAGGAUAUUACCAUGCAUAUCGAAAAUCUUUGUGUUCGUUGAAUGGUCGACUUUGCUGUCUCGUUCUAGGAAUGCGUACCAUGAAUUUAUGGGUGAUGAAGAGUUAUGGAGUUGGGAGCUUUUGGACUAUGUUAAUCUCUAUUCCUAUUGCGAGUUUGCCUGCAUCUUACGUUUCACAAUCAUACUUUAGGCUAGUGGCACUACUUUGCAAGGAAAAUGGGAAAAAGCUAAUGCUCUUACGAGUUGGUGAUCAAUGCGGUUGGCAAAAGCUUGGAAUAUAUGAUUUAGACGGCAAGUCAAUGAAAGAUGUAUUCAUAGAUGGGCUUGUUCAACUUCAUGUGUAA